AUGGAGGUGGUGCCGAACGGGCACGAGGCCGAGGUAGACGCGGCGCUGGGAUUUCGGCGUUUCCCAAAUGCGCCGCACAUGACACACACCGUCUUCCGCCCCUCAAAGAACCUGACCGCCACCUUUACCACGGCUGCGUCUUCAUCGGCCUUGGGCGUCCACAAUACCUACCAAACCUUGACGCCGAAUGCCCUUGCAAACUUGCGCGUGCACAGGGGUCUCCGGGUCGAUGACUUUCCUUCACGUCCGCAUACGCCACAAGACGCCAAGUCCGCCACUUCACUGCCACCGUUGCUGCCGGCGGAUCGUCUCUCGGUCGGGUCCAGCGACGGCCUUCGCGAAAGAGGAACUGAGGUGUUUCGAGAGUGGGUGAAGGCGCCCACGAACUCCUCUACAUCCUCGCCUAACGGCGCUGAGGGCGGCGACGCAGAUGCGGCUGCGAUCAACGGCAAUGCGCACGGCUCUCUUGAACUCGUCAGCACGUCAGCGCCGGCGGCUUCACGGGGCACAGAGAGCGGGCAGAGUUGCACCUCUGCGUUGGUGCCGCCCGCGACGUUAGUCCCGGCGAAGACGGCGUUCGCGUCGUCGGAUCACUGCCCGUCGGUAUCCGUCUCGCCGGAAUCGCUGCGUCUCGUACGGCCAAAGAGCUCAACGGCUUCUUUCACCCCGUUGCAGGCACCGGAAGUAUCCAGUGCGCCCACGGUGGACGCAGCUCUGUACCGCUUACGUGACGUACUGAUGCAGGCGCAGCGCGUACUGGAUAAAUCACAGAUAUCCGGGGAUGCCCGUGCACUUCCCGCGCCGCCGGCGAUGCCACCCGAGCCUGCGGAGUCAGCACAGCACGAACAACAGACGGCAGUCCUUCUGGCCCAAACGUCCACUGGCUCGCCCGCUAACGAGGAUGUGAUGCCGGAGGACUCACUAGAUUGCGUAUCGCCCCUCGCCAGCACGCACGCAGCACUCUAUGCUUUAUCCGAAGCAGAGCGGCGAGUGGGUGUGCCUGGCGCGGCUUCGCCAACGUUUGCCGCCGCUAAGGUGGCGGAUAACGUCGCGGUGCCCGACGAAACCCGCUUUAUGGUGUUGUGCGCCGUCAGUCAACCGUCAGCAAUCAUGGAGCGCCGUCUCCGUCGCCGCGGACCAGCAACAAGAGCGCCUAUGGAAGGACUGACCUCUCCUCCGGCUCAUUCGCUGUUUGGCGCGUGCGCAGAGACAGGGGCGAUGCGCACGUCUUCACGCCGCAUCGCCGAGGUGCCAAGCGCUUCGGCCGCCGUGAGUGCAUCCACUGUGGCGCAACUGACAACAGCGGCAGGCCAACUUCAGCGCUCGUCGUCGCCCAACGCAGGUGGCGGUGAGCAUCCCAGCUUGCGCGCACCCGCGCAGCGAGGUUCAGCUGAGGGGUCCGUGAGCCGUCACGUGCACGAGGAUCCGUCGCUGAUUCCGGGACUCGCCGAGUUUUUGCGGGCUGGAAACCCCAACAGCUUUACUUCCCUCAGCGCAGCUACCCAUGCCGCGCCGCCUGCACGGGCGAAGGCGUCGCCGUCAACACGCCGCCCUCGCCGCCGCUCUGGACCCCCUGCCGCAGCCGAUCCCUCUCCUGCUGUGUUGCUCGGUCAUUCACCAUCGUUGUUGCAACGCCGUGGCUCUAGUGGCACCGCACUGUCUCAGGCGGACCGUGCUGUGACCCCGUCGCUGCAUCUGCCAUACGCGCACACAGAGGGGAGUGCGACAGUAGCGGACGUCUCGCCACGCCGCGGAUCUGCCCGUGCCCGCCGUGUAGACUCGACGCCUAGUUACGCGCAGCCGACACUGAGCUGGCUUUCCAAGGGGUCUGAGGUUUCUGCUGACCAGUUCCCGAUGAGCCGCGUCGCCUCGCCGCAGACGAGCCCCUUGAAGGACCCGGUGACAGCGUCGCGUGACGCCGCACCAAGUGAACCGGCGCUACUGUAG